GCUUCAUUUGGUUGUCUCUCUCUGACUGGCCCAGUGCAGAUGAAGGGCAUUUGAUGUACAGUUCUGAGGGGGAGGCAUAAGGGAGCAAGAGCUACUUUGACUGACUGCCUCUCUCUGACUCUUCUAUCAUCAAACGCUCAGAAAUGAAGAAAGAGGUGUUUCUCUUCUGCUUUUUGGUAACAGCACUGGCUGCAUAUGUACAAAGUAAGCCUCAUGGAAAGAAACAGCACAUAAAGCACAUUAUGACUCCAAAAGGACAGUCAGAGUCAGUGAAGCUUCAUGGCAGUAAGGAUGGAGUUCUGCCCACGUUUCUGCCUUUUGAGUCCAGCACCCAGGAUGAAGACACGAGUGAGGAGACUGAGAGCCAUGUGGAGAUAAAGCAAGCGGAGGCAGAACAGCCUGAAGGUUCCGAUGGAGGUGAGAAGAAGAAACCUUUACUCUUGAGUGAUGAGGCAUUGACUCAGCUCCUGGAGAUCUCCGAUGAACCUGUGGAGGAGGAUGAAGAUGAUCAUUCUGAGAGUCCGGGGAAAGGCAAAGAUGUGAAGGACGAGGUGGAGCAGUCAACAGAAGAUGAGGAAUUCAAAACUGAGAAUGAAAAUGAGAGCAAGGAAGAGAAUUCAAAGGACACUGACAGCAGUACUGAAUCUGAGAUACCUAUGGAUUUGGACUACGCAACUGACAGAGAUGCUUCACAGCCACUACCAAUCAAACUGGACGAGGCUAAAGUUUCAACCACUUUGGAGAAGGAAAUGGCUGAAGAUGUGAUCCCCACAGCCAAAACAGACUAUGAAUCCCAGAAAUCCAACAGCGACAUUGCAGAGGAACAAGAGGAACCAGAAGACCAAGCCCAAGAUGAGUUGAAAGAGCCUGAGAAUGGCAUUGAAAAAGAGAAGAAUGAUCAGCAGGAUGAAAAGAAUACCCUUGAAUCUGGUCUUUCUGGUGGCAAGAAGGCUAAAAAGGAUAAGAAAAAGAAGAAUGAAAGUAAAAGUCAUGGAAAGGGAAAAGCCAAAAAUCAGCGAAACAGUGAGCUGCUAGAGAAGAUGCAGGGUGACCAGGCUGGUGCAAUGGAGGAGACUGAAGAACUUGCUCAGAAGAAAGACCAAGAAAAAGUGACCGAGCCCACUGAAAAUACAGAGGCUAAACCCAGAAAGAAGAAUGGCAAAUGGACUCGCUUGGUGGGGAUGAAUCCAGUACAGAUUAGGGCCACUAUGGAUCUUUACCCUGAUGUUCGCCUCACCCGUCAGUCCAAUGGGCAGGGGGUGCCAGCUGACCCCUGUGAAAAUUUCCGCUGUAAAAGAGGGAAAACAUGCAAAUUGGACGAUGAGAACAAGCCCAUCUGUGUGUGUCAGGAGCUGACAGAAUGUCCUCCUACUGUAAACGAUUUUGAACACGUCUGCGGAACUGACAAUAAGACAUAUGACUCUUCCUGUCACCUUUUUGCCACCAAGUGUGGCCUUGAGGGAACCAAAUUAGGUCACAGGCUUCAUCUGGACUACACUGGAUCAUGCAAAUUUAUUGCUCCAUGUGUCGAGUCAGAGCUGGUGCAGUUCCCUCUGCGUAUGCGGGACUGGCUGAAGAACGUGCUUCUGCAGUUAUUUGAGCAUGACUCCAUGUCUCCUGGCUUUCUCACAGCUAAACAGAGAAUCAGGGUUCAGAAGAUCUAUGAGAGUGAGAGGCGUCUUCAUGCAGGAGAUCACCCUGUUGAAAUUCUGCAGCAGGACUUUGAGAAGAACUACAACAUGUACAUCUAUCCAGUGCACUGGCAGUUUGCACAGAUGGACCAGCAUCCUUCAGACAGGUUUUUGACUCACUCUGAGCUGGCUCCGCUGCGCGUUCCUCUAGUUCCCAUGGAGCAUUGCACCUCAGUCUUCUUUCAAAUGUGUGACGCCGACAAGGACAAACUGGUCUCCUUCAAAGAGUGGUGCAGCUGCUUUGGCAUUAAGGAAGAGGAUAUGAAUACCAAUCUGCUGUUCUGAGCUCUGAUCAACGGGAGCAAAAAUAAGGUUUUUCUGAUAGAAAUGUAUUGCAGAUUGUAAUUGGAGGUCUGUUUGGUGAAAUGGUGCUGUUUUGUUUUUUUCUUCUGUGUGUUAUGAUCAUGAUGGACAAAAAUGUCUAUAAUAAGUCUAAAUACAUUAUGUGUAGCAUUGGUUGCUAAAGAAACAAGCAAUAGGUAAUAUAGAUAUAAAAAAUGUAGUUUUGAACAAAAAUGUGUAGGUUUAAUAUGAUUUCUAGUGUUUUUGUAUGCAUUCCAGUGGGGGAAAGUUUAUAUUUUAGUGAUUUAAAGAGCUGAUUUUAUAAAG